GCUCAGAAUUGGUCUGCAUACGCUGGACAUCAAAGCUGAGGUUGUGCCGGAGGGCUUUGUGCUGCCCUGUGGCGAUGUGAGUUCACACACGGUGCUGCUCCCUGCAGCCUUUGCGCCUGGGUACUCUCCAUCACUAUGAGCUCAUUCCAUAGAGGGACUGUAGCCCACUUGAUCAGUGGAUGUUAAGUUUCCCAUCUGAAGGCAGAUUGAUUUGAUUCCUUUCUACCACGAAGGAUUGUUGUUGGUGAAUGUAUUUGCCCCACCAUCUCUAAGAUAAUGGUGUGCCAAGGACAGAUGUGAAGCAGCUCUUUACCUGGAUAUGGAUGUGGUGUCUUCUUAAAGCAUCACGACACCUUAGGCCCACUGGCAGCAGAGGAUAUGGAGGCUCUUGAAGUUGAUGACAUUAGCCCUGCCUUGGAAGUGACUGAAGACUUUUUCAAUACUUUUGAUACUAAGCUUGAAAAGAUUGUGCAGCCCUCUGAGGUGUACGGUGUACAGGAGGUCCCCGAACUGGUUGGGCACGAGGUAUUUGAUCAGAUAACAGAGAGCAGGAAUCUGAGGAACGUCGCCUCCUUAGCCAAAAGUAGCCUCAUCUGGGAUCACUGCAAAAAUGGCCUCUUGGAAACCAAAGCUCAGACAGCAUUCCCUGCCAAAGAGCAGCGCAUGGUGCAGAGGGGAACAGCUGCUGACAACCUUGCUUGGGCAGGGGAAGGGGAGACCACAGCUUUUAACAUCUUCAACAUCUGCCAGCGGAGGAGAGACAGGCCUCGCUCGGUGAACGACAUCCUGGUGCAGAAUGAGGAAACUGCCACAUUCAAGCCAGGACACAACAGGUCACGCUCUGAUAUCAGCCAUGUAAACUGGGGAGUGGUCUUCACGGGCACCUCCUUGCAGCAGCCACCUGCGCCCGGUCAGGACAAUAACUGUGCUUUGCUCUCUUACCUGGCGUUAACCAAGGGAGAGGACAUCCAAGGAAACACAGAACACAAGCCAAUGUUCCCAAAUAUUCUGAAGAAGGGAUACUUAGAAAUUAGAAGAGACAAUGACAGCUACUGGCAAACCUGUUACGCUGAGCUCUCCCCAUACAAACUCUACCUGUAUUGCUUGGACAGCAGUGGCAACCAGACUCUUCCCACCGUGUAUCCCCUCAUGCAUUUUCAAAGGGUCACUGUUACAGGUUGCAUUGAAACCAAGGUGGUGGACACUGUCCUGUCAGACAACUCACAGCUACAGCUGAAGGCGGAGUCCUCAUGGGAGGCUUUGGACUGGGGACAGAAACUCUGGGAGGCGGUGCGUGCUUCUGUGCCUGCUUUCACAAGACAGCAGGAGAAACUGGAGAAUGUGCCAAAGCCUGAAAAUAACAGUGACCUUUCUCAAACAAAUGGAUUGUUAGAGAAGCCCGUGGAGCUCUUGCUGUCCAUGAAUUUGACUGGAAACAAUAAAGAGUACCAAAAUAUUAUCAAAUCAGGGACUCUUUAUAGGUUAACUGUCCAGAAUAACUGGAAGGCAUUUACUUUUGUCUUGAACAGGUCUUAUCUCAUGGCAUUCCAACCGGGUAGGCUUGAUGAAGAUCCUCUACUGAGCUACAAUGUCGAUGUGUGCUUGUCGGUCCAAACAGAUACUCAGGAUGGCUGUGACUCUUGCUUUCAGGUCAUUUUUCCUCAAGAUGUCCUCCGCUUGCGUGCAGAGACCCGUCAGAGGGCCCAAGAGUGGAUGGAGGCGCUGAGAGCAGCAGCCAAUGCUACUAGAAGUUUAACUCAGAACCCACAGGUCACACUAAGGAACAAACCUGGAGAUCGGCCCUUUGGAAAUGAUCUUAGAAAGAGCAAGCGCCAGUCUGUGACCACCAGCUUCCUGAGCAUCCUGACCACGCUGUCGCUAGAGAGAGGGCUCACAGUUCAGAGUUUCAAGUGUGCAGGCUGUCAGCGCUCCAUAGGCUUGUCCAAUGGGAAAGCCAAGGUUUGCAGCUACAGUGGAUGGUAUUACUGCAGCACCUGCCACGUGGAUGACACCUUCCUUAUCCCUGCACGGCUGGUUCAUAACUGGGACACUUCCAAAUACAAGGUAUCAAAGCAAGCCAAAGAGUUCCUGGAAUACGUUUAUGAGGAGCCAUUGAUUGAUAUCCAGCAGGAAAAUCCCAUGUUGUACAAGCAUGUUGAAUCUCUGGCAACUGUCGUCCGCCUGAGACAGCAGCUAAAAUCUCUCCGAGCCUAUUUGUUCAGCUGCAGAGCAGCAGUGGCUGAAGAUCUGCGUAGAAGGAUCUUUCCCAGAGAGUAUCUUCUCCAGCAAAUCCAUCUUUAUUCUCUUGCAGACCUUCAGCAGGUUAUUGAAGGAAAGCUGGCUCCUUUCUUGGGCAAGGUGAUCAAGUUUGCCACCUCUCAUGUGUACAGCUGCAGCCUUUGUAGUCAAAAGGGUUUCAUCUGUGAGAUUUGCAACAAUGGAGAAAUUCUUUACCCCUUUGAAGACAUUUCUACAAGCAGGUGUGAAAGCUGUGGUGCUGUCUUCCACUCAGAGUGCAAAGAGAAGGCUGUACCGUGCCCCAGGUGUGUGCGUAAAGAAUUGCAGAAGAAGCAGAAAUCCUUCUGGAGGCGACUGAAUAUGGACGAAAACUUUGAAGAGUCUUGCAACAUGUUUGAGUUGUCCUAUCAGAACACAUGAGUUCCGCAAGGUGGUGGCCAGCCUGAAGAAAAUCCCUUUCCCAGCUGCCAGCUCAAGCAACUUCUCAGCUUAGCCAGGCAGAAAUCUUGCAAAAUAAUAUCUGACCUUCUUCAUCUGUGAAUAGCAGCUGCCAAAGUGGCCAUAAAGCCUUGUUGGCUUUAAAAUACCAAUGGCUAAACUGCAUUUUGCGUUGGAAGUCCAGCCGCUAGCUCUCAUACAAAAUGUGGUUUACUUGAAAUGCUUUAGGUCUAGCUAAUUAAGCACCCAACUUUUUCUUUUCCACCUCUGGAGAAGACUUUUUCCUCAAGGCAGAAAAUAUUUGCUGCCAUGACCACAUUAUUUUUUAUGUUGUUCAUUUAGAAUCAAUGAAUCAUCUACUUAUUUAUGUGUAUCAUUUAUUUAUUAUUAGCCUUGGGAGAGGUUCUGGUGAGGUGUUUCACAGAACCCAAUAGGGCAGGAAUGAUUUUAAACCCGCCUGCUCCUUCUGAUAGGGAUGCGUGGUUCCAUUUCCUCAUGUUUCCAGAGAGCUGUGUUUAAAGGAUCGGUGCAUUUACAUGUCAUUCCUCCCUGAGGAAAGAGAAGUAUCUCCCAUCAAACCUUAUCGAGGGUGCUUGCAAACGUAAGAAGCAGAAUAAUUCCUUCAGCUAUGUUUAUAUAUUUAUAACCACCCCAGUGAACUAUUCCAUAUGCAGAUAAGCAGGGGACUUGCUACUGUUUUUGCUCAGGCUGGGUGUAUCGGUCAAGCUCUGUCACCUAAGCCCAUUGCGUUUUACUCUGGUUAUUCUUGAUCCGUGUAAGGCCACAUCCUCAUCUCCAGUAACAUGAUGUUGGUUCUGACCUCCUGCUAGUCUUACUUUUAAAGGCAUUUUAAGUGGUUUUGUUUUUAUUUCGUGUUUACUUUAAAUGUUUCUCUAACCUGAACCUGUUAGACUGAUAGUCAGGAAAGUGGUCUUGCCCACGUUAGUUAGAAAAUACCUCCAAAAUUGUGAAAAGCCAGUUUGCUGUGCUCGUGUGCAAUUUGUGUCCUGCAUUCUCUGCGAGCUCUAAGGGAUUUCGGUGGUGGAGAGUGAAGUUCUUUGAGGUAUGGUUCUGCUCCACACACCUGGAACACAGGGAAGUAUUAAACAUGUUAAAUUACAUAUAUUAUGAAAGCGAAGUACGUGAUAGAUGUAACUGGGGAGAUAUGUGUCAUCACUGGCAGUAUGUUUAAUUCAUUUUGGCUUCACCUCCGGUGAGCACUUAGAGAUCCUCCUCCCUCCAAUCCACAUUCUUAACUCUUUCUGCAGACCCUGCAGUAAUGUGUGUAUCACGUACCUAUGAAAGCAUUCACGUAGAUAUACACAUACAUCUAUAUACAGAAAGCAAAUAUGGUUUCACGAGAAAAAAGCCAGUCACGUGCAUGUGUAUUUUUUCCUCUCUUCUCACAUAGGUUUGUGAAAAUGCAGAAAACUGAUCUUUGCUUCCUAUAUAAUCUGCAGGCUGUUGUAUUCAAGGCAGAAAGCAGUCCUGAUUGUUGAAGCACCUUGAAGUAUUUUAAAUAAAAGAACAGGGUACAUCAUGCUUACACACAAAGGUAGAGUGCUACAAUGAAUUGCCUUAUACUGGAGCAUAAGUGGUUACCUUUUCCAGCCUCCACUCAAAGAAAGUAGCUGAAUCUGAGCAUUCUCAAAUUUGAGUGCAACUACUAUAUAUAUAUAUAAGCAUGUUUAUAUCUGUAUACAUUAGACAACCAGUGCCUUUCUUUUCCAGAAGUUCUUCUCGCAGUGGGAUUCUUUGGAAGGAAGUGGGGGUUUUUCCAUGUUCUUGGCAAAGUAGUAUAGGGAUUCCCAUAUUUAAUAAACCUGGUGAAUCAUACACCUUUGUCACUAAAAUUAAUACUUCCUCUACACAGGGAUGUCUCUGUCUCAGCGCACUGUUCCUCAUGUGAAAUGAGUUGCUUUCGGCUAUCAUCCUUAAAGAUAUAAUGUUCCUUGCAAGUCCAUUCCCAGGUGAAGAAUUCCCUGCAUGUUCACAAAUGCAAACACUGGGGAAGUAUUGUGGAAUUAGUCAUGCAAACAGGAACUGCUGUGGUGCUGGCUGAAUAAAUAGUACGCUCCUAUGUUUUUCAGCAUGUGUCACUACAGCUACUCCUGUGGCAAAGCCAGUAGCUCUGCAACUGUCAGAAUCUGGCAGGUACUAUUUUGAAUUAGCUCUAGACAUAAUGGUGAGUCAUUAAAGAAAAAAAAAA